GCUUCGAUUCCUAGCCUACUAGGAUGGAUAGUUAGUAAAUAAGAAGAUGCCUUUAUUUUUAUUUAUUUGAGAAAAUUAAUUUAAUUUUACUUUUUUACGGAAAUUAUGAAUACCUAGUUUUUUAAGUGUUUCAUUUAGUUAUAUUUUUUGUUUUUUUUUCGGGAUUUUUGGUGCUGGUGAAUGAUAUGGGGUUAGUUGGUUUUAUCAUAUUUAUUUCAAGAAUUUUGGAUAAGGGGAUAUUUGAAGGGAUACGUUUGGGACUAAUACAAACCUGGACCAAUCUACGAAAAACCACUGGGUGGUUUCUGUUCAAAACCAGAUUCCAAAUUUGAGCUUCCAGAGUUAAUAAUCAAGAGCACGCCGGUUAAAAACACCAUGAAACGUCGAAAAGUCUGAUGAGUAGACGUUAAAAGUGAUGUAAUUAGUGAUAAUCAGUGGCUUUUAGUGUGUUUCUUCGAAAAAAGUCGAAUUUACUUGCUAAACAUCAAAAUUACUGAACGCGUGUGAAAAAAUCAAUUUAAAGUAAAUAAGUUCGUGUGCCAUACAAUUUAGUUGUGAUAAAACGUUCGUCAGUGGAAGAAUACAUUAAAAGUUCUUAACUAGAAGGGGUUUUAAAAUAUAUAACUUCUGCGGUUUUGUGAUUGUUUCGUUUAAGACGGUUUUUGGGGUACCAAGAUGUUGAAUUGCACUGAUUUGGAGUGCGUGCUGCAUCACCACCAUUACUACGCUCAUUUGCAUCACCUCAAACAUGGAACUCAUGUUGAUGAAGGAAUGUCCACAGAGGGAGACAGCUAUGAUGAUCCAGUUCAAGGGGUUUUAAAUGAUACAGAUUCCGAUGUAUCAGAUUUGUCUCACCUUGAUGGACCAAAUGAAAGCUUGUACAUGAUCAGUGGAGUAUGCGUUGCCAUGCUCCUUGUUGGUGUGAUGAUUAUUCUGGUUGCCAUCACUAUCAGCAAGCUGAGGAAGAGGGAGGAACACUCCAACACUGUCCACCCCGUACCUGAGGCUACCACGACGGUGGUUCUGCAACCUACCACGGUGACGACCACUGCACCUUCCACCAAUGGAACGAAUUCGGCUGGUGUCAAUGCUGGACAGUUGCAGAAGGUGGAGAGUACGGAUCCUUUGGCUUACCGAGGACAGUUCCUAUGGCAAUUUCCACCACAGCCCGCUGAAAGGUGUUUGUACAAUAACGAACAGAAAAACAUUGUACAAGCAAAUGCGGACAGAUCUGGCUUUGUGAGGGGUUUCCGAAAGAACCUUGGAGGCCGAUGGAGGCGACUGGUUAAGAAGAAGCCCCCCACGGAGAUCUACACCAUACCUGCAGAGCUCAAGCCCCAACUCAAGCAAAUCUACGUUUACUAGCGGUUGGAAGACUCGAAAAUCAACUGCCUGUACGUGAUUUCGUGGGGCCUUUCAGCUCUGUACACCGAUUAUUAUUAUAUUUGCCAUAGGAACAAAAUGAAAAACGGGAGUAGAUAAAAACGAAGUUUUCCGUAACCAUGGAAAACGUGUUCGUUUUGUUAUUUGCUCCCCCUGUACAUUUCGACAGUAUUCUGAACUACUUUUGAUGUAAAGAAAAAGAUGAACUAUAAGAAGAAGUAAAUCAAUAUAGGGGCCUUUUUAAAAUUAGUUCUAAAAAAAGACUGAUCUAUCUAAUAAUGUUAAACGAGUUUUUUUUCUCUCUCUCUCUGUAUAAAAAUCAAGGAAAAAUGUCUAGAAAGUCCAGCCACUCUUUUUUUUUGUUCGUCUAAUUAAAUAACUUUAGGAAUAAUGUCUGUAAAUAUUGAAGAGUGAUAAUUUUAGGGAAAAAUAAUAAUUUUGUGAUCGAGACAAUUUAACUCUUUUUAGAAUGCGUUUGUACGUGUUUCUUUUUUUGGGAAAUUUUUCCUUUUAUUUGUUACACAUUUUGAAAGACUCAUACAUAUCAAAUUUGUCCAUAAAUUUACUCAUAAAAUAACUGAAAAAAGGAACACUUUCAUAAUAUAAGUUUAAAAACUUACUUUUCUGGAAAGAAACAAAAAAAAACGCCUUCGAAAAUUUUAGAUUAUUAUUAUCAAAUAUAUUUUGACUCAUAUU